UUUGCGAGCGAAGAAGGCAAAAGUCUCGCAAGUGGUAAAUCCUUUUCUUCUCCUCGAUGGCAAGCAUCAGCAGAGCCUAGGCGCCUGGCAUCCAGUUCCAUCUCUCGAAUACGCCGCUAGCUUGGUGCAGCCGCAAUCCAGAGGGGAGGUAGCUUGCUUGGCAUGGUCGCCGGCCGCGUCCUUGCCUUCACUCGGAGUCGGAGGUAGCCGGCCAUGAGAGCUUCUCCCUCCUCCUCGCCGUGCCUGCAUGGCCACGGAGGCAAGGUGGCGUGCGCGGUGGCCGCCUGCCUUGCGCUCGUGACCUUCCUGGUGGUCGCCUUGGAUCCCAGGACCGGAGCUUCGUCCUGGUUCCUUUCUUCCUCGUCUUCUCCUCCAGUCGUUCUCUCUUCCUUCUCCUUGCGGCCGACCGCGAGGGGUGGCAGCAAUGGAGGCGGUGCCCCUCUGUUGGCGACCUCUAGCUACGCUGCUGCCGGCGGCAAGAACAGCAGCGGCAAGGAGGUGCUCUUCCGUGAGGACGCUGCCGGCGGCGACCCGGUGGCGGCUUCCUUCGUCAAGGCUGACUCCGGCCACGUCGACGGCCCCGUCUCCGUCGCGCCGGCGCCGGCUCCGGAAAGUGGAUUUGACGAUGCCGCUAUCCCGGACGGCCCGGUUGAAGUAAGGGUGCCAUUAAUGCAGGGGAGGGUGGAUGUAAAACUGGAAAGGGUAGAACUCGGUCUCGCGAAAGCUCGUUUAGUGAUAAGGGAAGCUAUCCGGAACAAGGACAAGCGUCCUCCACUAACCGACAGGGAUUAUGUGCCGGUUGGACCGGUGUACAGGAAUGCCUACGCAUUUCAUAGGAGCUACUUGGAGAUGGAAAAGCUGUUCAAGGUGUACGUGUACGAAGAAGGCGAGCCACCAGUGUUCCACGACGGUCCGUGCCGCAGCAUAUACUCAUCGGAGGGCAGAUUCAUAUUUGCCAUGGAGAUGGAGAACCGGAUGCGCACGAGGGACCCCGAGCUUGCCCAUGUCUUCUUCCUUCCCUUCAGUGUCGUCAAGAUGGUGAAGAUGAUCUACGAGCCCAACUCGCAUGACAUGGAGCCGCUGCGCCGGACUCUCUCGGACUACAUCGACGUUCUGUCCACCAAGUACCCGUACUGGAAUAGGAGCCUCGGCGCGGACCAUUUCAUGCUCUCCUGCCACGAUUGGGGGCCAUAUGUGUCGUCGGCGGAUGGCCAUCUCUUCUCCAACUCCAUCCGCGUGCUGUGCAACGCCAACACCUCGGAGGGCUUCAACCCAUCCAAGGAUGUGUCGCUGCCCGAGAUCAACCUACGGACCGACAUUAUCGACGAUCAGGUCGGCGGGCCAUCGGCGUCGCGCCGCCCCAUCCUGGCCUUCUUCGCCGGGGGCGACCAUGGCCCCGUCCGGCCGCUGCUGCUGCGGCACUGGAAGGGUAAGGACGCCGACGUGCAGGUGAGCGAGUACCUGCCCCGGGGCGUGUCAUACAUCAACGUGAUGCGGCGGAGCAAGUUCUGCCUGUGCCCCAGCGGCUACGAGGUGGCCAGCCCCAGGGUGGUGGAGGCCAUCUACCUCGAGUGCGUGCCGGUGGUCAUCGGCGACGACUACGUGCUGCCCUUCAGCGACGUGCUCAACUGGCCCGCCUUCUCGGUGCGGGUCGCCGUGGCGGACAUACCCAACCUCAAGACGAUCCUCGACGCCGUGUCGCCGCGGCAGUACAUACGGAUGCAGCGCCGGGUGAGGACCGUGCGCCGGCACUUCAUGGUCAACGGCCCGCCGCGCCGGUUCGACGUCUUCCACAUGAUCCUGCACUCCAUAUGGCUCAGGAGGCUCAACGUCAGGCUCCAUGGACAAGACUGAAAUAUUCUUGGGUUUCCCUUCUUUUUCUUUUAGGGAGCGUCUAACAACCAGCCGACUGGUUUUGGUUUGGGUCUAGGCCAAAUUUCUUGUCCAGUUGUGAUUCGGCACAUGUCCACCGGUUUAGUUUUGCAUCGUAAAUAUUUGUUUUUGGUUUGGGUCUUAGGGAGUGUCUAAAACCAGUCAACUGGUUUUGCAUGGUAAAAAUUUGUUAGAACUUGGGGGUGAGGUGGCGUAUUGGGAAUGGAGAAUCAG